AUGAGUUCCUCCUCAAGUCUGUCCCUCCCGCGGCCUACAUCACCUCAGCACCUGGUUAAGCGAAGGUUGCUUCUGAUCCACAUCCAUGGCUUCGAAGGCUCGGAAGCCAGUUUCUCCGAUUUCCCAGUCCAUGUACACACCUCCCUGACUGAUCUCUUGAGCGAGUCGCACCUGAUAUACACUCGCAUAUAUCCGCGAUAUAAAUCUCGCGGCGAGAUACGCACAGCGGUUGAGAACUUUCGUGAAUGGUUGUCACCACACGUAGACGAUGAUCUCGACGUGAUCCUACUGGGCCAUAGUCUCGGGGGCAUCCUCGCAGCCGAUGUUGCUCUCCUACCCAGCACGUUAGCCUCACAAUCUUCGCAUCGCAUUCUCGGGCUGGUCAACUUUGACGUUCCAUUCCUAGGGCUGCAUCCACAUGUGAUCCCAACGGGGCUUCGCGGGCUGUGGCAGCCUAAACAAGACGCAGCCGCAAUAGUCCAGCAAGAUGCUACCCUGAGCGAUAUCGAUCUUUGUGCUGCAACGGCCGCCGCAUCGGCGGGGCCACGAUUCGACCCGCCAUUCGCCAAUGACGUGCAUCUCGUGGAGCGAGAUCGUAUUGAUGGCAUGCUUCACUUCGUCCACAAGAACCAUCACCAUCUACCACGGUCGAUCUACAAGCGCAUGGUGUCUUCGUACCGAUUCGCUGGCUGCCUCAACAACUACAGGCAGUUGCGUCGACGGUAUCGGCAACUCAUGUCUUUGGAAACGGAGGAGAGUCCGCGUCGAGUUCGUUGGAUCAAUUAUUAUACCCUCAGCACAGCCACCAUCAGAACGAAGGUCCCGCGGGAGUUGAAACACGAGAGUCAUGCACAGACCGAGCCUGCUGAUACAACAUUGGAGACGGCCUUGUUGCAGACGUGGAGUGUAUUCUCGGAAGAGCAAUCGCUGGUAGUUCCCGCAGACAAGCUGGAACUCACCACGUCCUCUUCCACCCUGGGAGGAUCGGAGGAUCCUGGUGAUGCCGAGGAUGGAAUGGUGCUGUCGACGAAGGGAAAUAGCAUGGCUGCUUCCAGCGACUCACUCAACAUCAGUCUAGAAACCUGUCAACGCAACAACGCUACGCCGACGAGAAAGGAGAGAUACACCGGCAAGCCACGCAAAUUCGUACUUUUGCCGUCACACCAUUGGAAGCACGGAGACGAUUCACUCUGGAUCCCGGUGCCGAUGGAGCAUAUGGACGAAGUCACGGCACACCAGUCAAUGUUUUUGCCCAACGGCGGGCACUAUGAUCGGCUGGUUGGUGAGGUGGUAUCGCAAGUUCAAAGUUGGAUCCAGGAAGAUCUUAGUGAGAGGGCUGUUGCAGACCGGAAACCUGGAUGCUGA